AUGGCUGAUAGAGAUGGGCUUCCCAUUGCCCCAGGACAAGUCUACGUUGAAGUGGAAUAUGACUAUGAAUACAAGGCAAAAGACAAGAUAGUCACUAUACGGCAGGGAGAGUGUUAUAUGUUAGUGAAGAAAACCAAUGAGGAUUGGUGGCAGGUGAAGAAGGACGAGGGCACAAAGGCUUUCUACGUGCCAGCCCAGUAUGUCAGAGAGGUUCGGCGGGCCUUGAUGCCUCCCCAGAAGCCCACUUUGAAAGCCAAGCCUUCUGUUCUGGAUAUUUGCAUGACAUCAAAUGAGAACCUCAACCGACCGCAGCCUGAAAUGUCCAGCUUUGGGCGUCCGUCACCCUCCUCCACGCCAUCACCUUCCUCAGACCGUGUGACGCCGCCAGCUCUGCCUAAGGAUGCUAACCAGAAUUUGGGAAGUCCGCAUCAUUGCAAGGUUGUGGCCGAACUAGUGCUUCUUCACAACAAUAACAAUCAUCAUCUUGCCAACAAUUCAACUCUGCCACGGACCCGAGCUGACUCGCCUCCACUCAAAGAGGAGAACAACCACAACAGAAGUCCAGACAGUGACAAGACUUCCCCACAAUGUGACCUAACAGGAAAUGGGCUCAGCAAGCUCCACAAUGACUCGGAGUCAGGCGAUGAGCUUAGUAGCAGUUCAACUGAACACAUGCAGACUACAUCACCUACGGGUCAGGGCAGGUCAGACUCACCGGUUUACACUAACCUCCAGGAGCUCAAGAUCUCUCAGUCGAGUUUACCGCCUGUCCCCUCUGGCUCACCACUGCAUAUCCACGGAGAUUGGGAGACCCACAAAGACUUGAGCGGCAGGCAUUUCUAUUAUAACAGAGCCACGGGGGAGCGUACAUGGAAACCUCCACGCACACGGGACACUAGCGGCAGCACCAGCAGCUUCCGAGGAGAAAUCCAAGGCACGGCAGAGAGUGAGCUGCUUUCAUCUGAGGAAAACUGCCACAGCACCCAUUCAAGCCAGUCUGACAGCCAGUACGGUUCACCCCCUAGAGGCUGGUCUGAGGAGCUUGAUGAACAUGGACACACCCUUUAUGUCUCAGAAUACACACAAGAGAAGUGGAUAAAGCACGUUGAUGAGCAAGGAAGACCCUACUACUACAAUGCUGACGGAUCCAGGUCGGAAUGGGAAUUACCCAAGUACAACAUUUCCCCUCAAUCUGGUGAGGUCCCCAAGAGUCGGAGCCUGGAGAGGAAGCAGCCGGACCCCAUCAUACUCACCAAGUGGAGACACAGCACAUAUGUUCUUGACCUCAAUGAUAAGGAGUGUGCUCCGGUGCCCAAGCAGAGCUCUCCUGACUCUGACUCCUGCCCAUCAUCUCCUAAGCAUCCCUCAACUCCAUCAGAGAAGUGCGGGGUCCUAAAUGUUACCAAAAUCACAGAGAAUGGGAAAAAAGUCAGGAAGAACUGGGCAUCCUCAUGGACGGUGUUGCAAGGUUCUUCCCUCCUUUUCGCAAAAGGUCAAGGCGGAAGCACGAGCUGGUUCGGCAGCAACCAAUCUAAGCCAGAGUUUACCGUUGACUUGCGUGGCGGUUCAGUGGAAUGGGCAUCCAAGGACAAGUCCAGCAAGAAGCAUGUCAUUGAGCUGAAGACACGUCAGGGGACCGAACUACUGAUCCAGUCGGAGAUUGACAGUGUCAUCAACGACUGGUACCGGGCACUGACAGAGACCAUUAAUACACAUGCGUGGGAGUCGGAUGAAGCCAUUGAAGAGGAUAUGCCUGAAUCUCCUGGAGCUGAGAAACAGGACAAAGAGAAAGACCAGCGAGACUCUAAGAAGAACAGAGGUAAGACUUCCGUCAGCAUGGACUCAUCGGACCAGAAAAAAACUCGUUUGAAGCUCAAGAAAUUCUUGACACGUCGUCCCACCUAUCAGGCUGUCAGAGACAAAGGCUACAUCAAAGAUCAAGUUUUUGGCUGCAGUCUGAGCAACCUGUGCCAGCGAGAGACCACAUCUGUGCCGAAAUUUGUCAAAAUGUGUAUUGACCAUGUGGAGAACACGGGUCUCAGUAUAGAUGGCCUUUAUCGAGUAAGCGGGAACCUGGCAGUGAUACAGAAGCUACGCUUUGCUGUAAACCACGAUGAGAAGGUAGAACUAGAUGACAGCAAGUGGGAGGACAUCCACGUCACAACAGGAGCACUCAAGAUGUUCUUCCGGGAACUUCCAGAACCUUUAUUCACCUAUGGAUCCUUCAAUGACUUUGUCAAUGCAAUUAGUGAGUAACAUAAAUGUCAACCGCCACAGAGACUAAACUCCAUCAAAGACUUGAUCAAGAAGUUGCCAAAACCUAACCAUGACACAAUGCAAGUCCUCUUCAAACACCUGCGCAGGGUGAUCGACCACGGUGAAGCCAACCGCAUGACCACCCAGAGCGUGGCCAUCGUUUUUGGACCUACACUGCUGCGGCCUGAGACGGAGACUGGCAAUAUCGCCGUGCACAUGGUCUACCAGAACCAGAUAGUAGAGCUCAUUCUACUUGAGUAUGAAAGCAUCUUUGGCAGGUAG